AUGCAAUUUAUACGACUUGAUGAAGAAGUAAAAGCAAUUGGUGGUCGUCAAGAUGAAUCAGAAAAUGCAAAGAAAUAUCUUAUAGAAGUUAGCACGUCAUUUCGUGAAAACACUGAUAAGACAAUUCGUAAAGCUGCAUUACCACUGAUAAGAGCAUUUCAAUCAGAAGUUGAUCGUCUUACAUUACAAAAUAAAACUAUUGAAACUGUUAUUAUUGAUAUAUGUCGAUCAUUAACUCAAUUACCAGGUAUAUUUUCGAUAUCUUUGCCAGGCAAUAAAUGCUACAUAUUAUUGUAG